AUGUUGUCGAAUUUUGAUAUUCUCGAUCUUGCCCGAUCCACAGCUACCAUUCGUUUCCUAUGGAGAGUUCCGAGAGGCAUGUUCCGGUUAUCACGAGUUGAGAUGCAACAACGAAAGCAUCAACUCCGACAGAAACGUCUAAAAACCUCCACAAAAGAAACACUAGGACGAAAAUAUGAUAAAAAAGAAGAAUCUGAGAGGAAAGAAGAGACUCCAAAAACAGUGGAUUCAGGCAGCUCCAAUGAAAAGAAACAACCUGUACGCAAAACCUCAAAAGGAGAUCCGGAGGCCAAAACCUCAAAGCAAUCAAUGCUCAAUGGUAUUCCCAGUCCUGUCCUACUAAGACGUGCUGAACAAACCUAA